AUGUAUUCUUGUAGGUUCUUGUCUAAUAAAUCAUUUUCUUUCUUUCUUGUUAAUCUUAAAGUUUUUGUGGGUGGUUUUAUGGCAGACAAUUUCAUUACAUUUUUUUUCCUCAUCAUCAACAUUGCAGGUUAUUACACAAAUAAAUCUUGUUUUUGUCAAAUUCACGACAAAACAUCAACUCAUCAUUUCAACGUUGAGAUUAAAAGCUUUGAAAUCAUCAAGGAAAUUUUCUUAUUUCUUUAUGAAGUUAAUACAAUAAAAAGUGUUAAAACAAGACGAGAAAGGCAUUGGAAAAGGCGAUAA